AUGCUGGUGACCUAUUUGGAAGCCAGCCGGGACCUUUGCGAGACGGACUCAAUUCUUUUUGGCGCCGCACUGGCGGUGUGCCGUAUUAUAGGCGCCAAACUUUCCACGGCUGGACGCGCUACUGGACAAAGUAGCGCUAUCCCAGCCUGGAGAAUAAGAAUCGAAGAACGUAUCGCAAAGGAUAGGGCCCUCAUCGGCAGACUGAUAUGCUUCAGGUCAGGCAACAACAGGCCAAGGAUUGUGCGCACCGUCAGGAUGGCAUUUGCUGGGACAAAUGUUAGUUUAUCCCUGCCGGAUAUAAUGCAAAAACUGACAGAGCGCAUAGACGACCUGAAGCAGAGAAUCGCUGCUUGGGGAAAGCGGAUUCGGCGAUAUACCGAGAGUUCGACACGGUUUAACCAGAAUCGUCUCUUCCAGAGUGAUCAGAAGAGGCUCUAUAAAUCGUUGGAGCGACCAACGGUAAGUGGAACGGGCCCAGCACCAAAUCAGGCCGACACUGUAGCUCAAUGUAACAAAAUGGAUGUCUGGGCGGCGGUUGUGGAACCAAGGAACCACUCCUCAUUGACGCGGUCAUUGGCAAAGUGGUGA